UCCCGAAACAUGUGCGCGCAACACGGAAGUUAACCCAUGAUAUUUCACAUGUGUAAACACUUCGUAGAAGUUUGUUUUUAGUUUUCUUCAUGUUCAUUUUAUUGUAUUGUUUUAAGGUUGCAGGGGCGUCAAGAAGCGCGUGCUUGCUAUACAGCAGUUGUAGGGACAUGUCUGGACAUGGAUGCCGGGUCUACAGAUAUGAUCCCACCAAAGACAUGGAAAGAUGAGGAUGAAGACGUCAGCUUCAGCACUCGUGCUAGCGGGUGCUGUUUGUAGGAGGAGCUGAAGGACUCAACAGAGAAUAGAUGGAGAGACUGAAUGAACAGGUUGAGGAGAGGGGAUGGACCAUCACAGAUGAUGGAGAAAGAGAGGAGGAAAGAGGAGCGAUGACACGACCACGGACGGAUAGAGAUGAAAGAGAGCCGACGACUGGUGCAGAAGUGGAAAGGGUUCAUUCACACACCUCACCGGAUUUCUGUCUGAACUCAACCAGAGUUGAGCAGAUGAACGUUUUUGAAACUCCGAUGUUGAGAUCGGCAAUCGGAGCAGAUAACAAAGACCCUCCCUCUCUCUCCUCGGGACUGACGGACACCUGGGCUCCGUCCAUCUCAGACUGCGCACCCCCUUCUACCUCUCCUGCUGUCUCGCUCCUCAGCAUGUCGUCUUCUUCCUCUUCUCUGCCCUCUCUCUCUCCUCCUCUUCCUCCGUCGGUGGAGCUGGACGGCGGGCUGGUGGAGGGCCGGCUGGUGCUGGAUGUGUAUCGGGGCGGAGCAGGAGUUCUGCCGGUGUUAUGGGAGUGCGUUCCGGAGCGGAUGAGAGACCUGCAGUACCUCAGACUGGGCUCAGAGCACAAGGGGGCGCUAGACAGAGCGCUCGAAGUACUGCCCCGACUCAAACACCUGCGCUCACUGGCUAUCAGAGGAAACUGCUUCCACGACACCUCUGGUGACCCUCUACCCGGUCUCGUCACCUCUCUCCCUCCCUCUCUCUCCUCUUUCCUCGUUCAUCUGGAUCUCUCAUUCAACCGGCUCUCGUCUCUUCCUACCUGCAUUCUCUCCCUAUCUCACCUUCAUGAGCUCUUGCUGUGUCACAAUGAGCUGUCGGCUCUACCCGAGGGUCUGGAUUCGCUGGUGUCCCUUCAGAGGUUGAACCUGAUGGGGAACAGGUUGGUGGAUCUGCCCCGGGUGGUGGCCCUCCUCCGCGCGAUGGAGAAACUGGACGUGUCCUUUAACUUGCUGGAGGGUCUUCCAGAUGAACUGGGACAACUGGAGAACUUACACACGCUGGAGCUGUCCAAUAACAGACUCAGGGUGCUACCAGAGAGUUUGGGUUCUCUUCAUUCUCUGAGGCAUCUAGGAAUUCAGAGUAAUGAUUUAAGAAGUGUUCCAGAAAGUUUGCGUUCCCUCCCGCUACUUAAACUGGAUGUGCGGAACAACCCGCUGGGUCGCCCCCCGACCCCACCGCCCCUCGCCCCUGUGACACCAGUUUCGGAGGAUUUGGAGAUUCCCGAGCUCCACCUUAAAUAUGAUCAACACAGGUUUUCAUUAUCACCUUCUGGUUGCCAUGUGUUUCUUCCCGGAGGGGCGGAGCUCUUGUUUCCGCGCAGAUGCACAAGCACAGUCACACAGCUCGAGUGGGCGGAGAGGAGACCGGACCGGAAGUGGGUGUGGCUCGGGGAGCAUGAUGUCCUGUUGAGCCACCCGCUAGAGCUCCGCCCACAUGGAGCCUCGUUUGAGAAGAGGUGUGCAUACCCUAUCGUAAAAGACGCAAAGGAGAUGUGGAGGUGCGCAGGUUUGACGGACAGUCUUGGACGGCGCUUCAAACCCAGACUAGGAGAGGCAGUGAGAGACACAGCUGCCGGCCGGGAGGUCGCCCAGCACGGCCUGCUGCAGUGUUACUCAGUUCUCAUGGUUUGUAGUCGUCUCUCGUCCUUUCCUGGACGUUUGCUCGGUGUCUCAGUGGGGGCGAUGCUGGUGUCACAAUUCAACCCGGGAAUCAAACUUACCUUCCCUCCGGAGUGCACAGCAGAGACACAUACUGUUACACUACAGGUCCUGCAGGUGUCGCUCUCUGAGGUACAAGAUCUGUCCGGAGACCCUCUGGCAAGUGCCAGUCCACUGCUCUGCCUCUCUCAAACUCCCAGCAUGCACUUCCUUCAGCCAAUCACAGUACAGAUUCCUCUUCCACCUGGAGUCACUGGACACAUGGUGGACACGUGCCGUCUGCACCUGAUGCACGGUGACCCCGCUGCUCACACCUGGACUGACAUCACUUCACAGGUGUCCCUCCAAUUCACGCACAUCUACGCCAUCUUCUCCAUCACACACUUUUCAUGGUACUGGCUGUGGUACACCACUAACAGAUGUGUAAGCGGGGUUGUCAGGAAGAUGUAUCACCGGUUGAAACAGUUCCGGGUUCGAUUCCUGGUGCUACAGAGGAAAACAGACCCAGCUCAGGUUCUGCUCCAGUGUCUGCCAUCUGACAAGGCUGAAGGCAGGUUGGUGUCUCUCUCUGAGCAAUAUGAAGGUCCUCAGCCAUCAGAGCUGUGUAUCCUGCUGGAGGGAGAGCAGUUCUUCGCUGGCUUUGAGAGGGGCAUAAAUGUCAACGCCGAUCGUCCCGACUGCAAAGACGGCCGACUUUCCUUCACAUUUUACUCUCAUCUGAAGAACAUUAAAGAGGUUCACGUGUGCCCGGCCGCCCCACAGCAAGGCACCAUCAGAGGGCAGGUCUCGUUUUACAGGGGUGAAGUGCCUGAUGACCUUCCAGAGGAAGUGGCUUGUAAAAGGAAAGGUCACGAUGAACAGUGGUUGGCCACACUUCCACUCCGACUUUCUGUAAGACGUCCUGGAGCACAUUACAGCUCUAACCCUUGUGUGCUUCCUAGUGUUCUUACGUUUAACAAUGAGAAAAUCCCAGAAUGCACUGAAAAACAGAACACACAGAAUGUAUUCAGUAGAAAGCGAGAGAGCUUAAUUUUCACAACGGAGAAUAAGAACUACAUAAGCUUGAGAUUAAGACUUCUUACUGGAAAAUCUAAGAGCUAUUGUGUUGUGUGUACACAUACUCAGGGUGCAGACUGUGAAGGGAACAUCUGUGGUGAGCUUAAUCUUGGCGACCCUGAGAGUGGUUAUCUCACUGAAACCAACCUGCUGUCCAUCUCCUUACGCAUCAACCAGGAGUGGCAGAACAUCGGCAUUAACCUGGGCAUGAGCUACGACCAGCUGGAGAGAAUCAGAAACCAGCACAGGGACAACUUUGGUGCCCAGGUAUCGGCGAUGCUCUAUUAUUGGGCGAGAGGGCAGCAGGGGGCGGGACCUGGUGCAGUGCAGCGGCUAACGAAGGCCCUUGUAGACAGCGGUAGGCGGGACUUAGCGGAGGAAGUGGAGGACAUAGUGACUCUCGGGAAAAGGAAGUAUGAAGAAUCACUUAAGAGAGUCGGACUGGAGGCUUCAACGCCAGUCAACCCGGAAACCAGCUGACAUGAGAUCGUGAGGAGAAUUAUGCAUCUCUCACGUGGACCUGCGGUGUCCAACUUGUAGGGCAAAAUCUACGGUGUGCCAAAUGAGCCAAAAAUAUUAUGUGUUUUAGUAUUUAAACCUGAAUCUGUCAUGUUUCACCCCAAUGUGAAAAGAAUUCCCUGAGGAAAAGCCUGUUAGGAAGUUUUGCAUUGUGACGUUUUGUCUUAAUGACAAUCCAAUUAACACAAAUCCAACUCAUAUUCAACACCUCCAGUUGUUUCUUUUGUAUGUAUAUAGAUAUGCAGAAUAUUACUUCUUAAGUUAUUUUUUUAGAUUUUGGAGUGGAAAGCUUUUUUAAAGGUUUUGUGAGAACACUGUGAAUCAAAUUUAAAUUAUUAAAACAUUGAAAUAUAUAAAUAAACAAAUAAUUUGUCUAUGAAUCUA